AUGCUGCUGCUUGUGUGUCUGAGUUUCUUCCUGCGUACUUGUCUGUCCGCCACCACCAUCACCACCACUGUUGCCUCUGCAGAUGCACAGGAUUUGGUUUUUAGUGCAAAUGCGGGUGUGCUCCAGGUGUUCUUGAACGAUUUUGCAUCUCGCUUCGACGAUUAUACCUCGUAUAUGAACUCUGUCGGGAUACCUUUCCCAGGGUCUCUGGUGCAAUUUUAUAUGAACUUCGAGCAGGCCAGUACCAACCAGGCCGCAGCCACCUCGAUGUUGGUGAGCGACUUCCCAAUGUCUGAAUUCAAGACAUACAUUUCUGUCUUCCCAUGGUACAGCUCGCUUCUCUCUGCUGGCGGUGAUUCGACAAUCUAUUUGACGGAAGAUGUGGUUUCCAAAACUGUUGCCGUAUACGAGGAGUCUAAUCGGUUUGAUCUGAAGGUGGUCUCGUCCACUGCUGCGGCUUCGUCUUCGGCAGCGUCCAGCAAGUCUAGCCCUUCUUUUUCCAGCUCCUCUUCUUCUUCCAGCUCCUCUUCUUCCAGCUCCUCUCUGUUGGCAAGCUCCACAGGCGGCGCUGCCAGGCUGGUUGUGCCCGGUUUCGGACUUAUUCUGCUGGGAAUAACAAUAUGA